CGGUGUUUUUUGUUUUUGUUUUUGUUUUUCCCAGGAAUACGAUUGAGAUGCCAAGCUGACCCGACUCUCUCUGGGUCAAACUCUCUGUGAUCUCUCUUCCCCAUCAGAGAUUCGCAGGGGCUGGUACAGUUUCCAUGGUUUCAGAGACCAACUAGGUACUCUCUUUUCUCAUUUCAAUUCCCAGAUCACAUCUGAGCACAUAUAAUCACACCCUUUUUUUAUUAGUCAAAGUUGCUAUAUUCUUGGUUCUAGAACAUGGUGCAAAUUGUGAACUUAUUGUUUUCAUUUUAAUUACACAAAUUCGUGUUGUGUGUGUGGUUUUAUUGGCUCAAUUGGGUUACUGUUACAUAAACUAGAGAUUUUUUUAUUUUUUUAAUGCAAAGAUGAAGUAGGAACUAGAAAGCUGUAUGAUUUGGCAUUAUGUGGUAUCUGAAUUGAGUGGUUGUGGGUGUAUUUCAUUAAUGGCUUUGCAAAUUUAUAGACCCAUUGGGGUAUUAUUACAAUUAGUGAAAAAAUUAGCAAGAUUUUGAGGGCAAAAUAGAAAGUGGGGUUCAAAGAGUUAGUAGGAUUUGGCAUGGAUUCAUGUUGAUAAUAGUGAUAUGGAACCCAAAUCGCCAUCGAAACUUAAGCUCUCAAUCACAGGAUUUACUCGGUAUAAACGGGUGUUGAAAACAAGUAUCAUUGUUUUGGUUGUGGUGCUGUUGUUGGUUGGUAUUUACUUUGCAUUUAGCCCCGGAAAAGGCCGAAGUGUAUUUAAGGAGUCGUAUUUUAGUGUGGUUGUGGACUGUGGAAGCUCGGGGACACGAGUGGAUGUGUACGAGUGGAUGUCAGAAGGUGAAAGUAACAUGAAGUUUCCUCUUUUGUUGCAUUCUUAUCCUGACAAUACAACCAAGAGUUCACUUUGGAAGAAUUCAUGUCAGUAUCACUGUAUGCAAACUGAGCCUGGCUUAGAUAAAUUCGUUGGCAACUCAUCAGGAGUGAGAGUGUCUUUGGAACCAUUGAUUUUAUGGGCAGAACAGGUGGUACCUCGUGAAAGACAUGCAGACACUCCAAUUCUUGUUUUAGGUACUGCUGGGUUAAGAAGGUUGGCUAUUGACAAUGCUAGGCAGGUUUUGGAGGAUGUAGAGGCUGUUGUGAAGGAGCACACAUUUUUGUUUAGGAAGAAUUGGAUAAGGGUAUUGAGUGGGAAAGAAGAAGCUUAUUAUGGUUGGGUUGCCCUGAACUAUAAAAUGGGGAGAUUUGGAAAUUAUUCUAAGUCACCCACUUUGGGACUUAUUGACCUGGGAGGUUCCUCGUUGCAGGUUGUGAUGGAAAUAGAUGAUGCAAGAGAAGACACACACUUGGUGAGAUCAAAGAUUGGUUCAAAGGAACAUCGGAUUUUAGCAUAUUCGUUGCCAGCUUUUGGUUUGAAUGAGGCAUUUGAUAGGAGUGUGGUCAUGCUCAGCCAAGUACAAUGGUUCAAAGAAAAUACUCAUAAUACAUUAGAAGUCAGACAUCCUUGUCUUGGUUCUGAUUUUGUACAAAACUAUAGCUGCUCUGGUUGCUUAGGGCUUAAUUCCAGUUAUCAGAAAAUUUUCAGCGGACAAACAUGGAAUGCUGAAUUUCCUUCUUUGCAUCUGGUUGGAGAACCCAAUUGGGAGCUAUGCGAAGGACUUGCAAAGGCUGCCGCCAUCAAUUCAAGCAGUUUAGAUUGGUCACAACCAACAGUUGGUACAAACUGUAAAGCAGGCUCAUCUUCUUAUGGUGGCGGUGACUUUAUUAAUUUGACAGCUGCCGCUUACCCCUCUGCACGCUUUCAUGCUUUAUCUGGAUUUUAUGCUGUUUACAACAUGUUAAACCUGAAUCCAAGAGCUAACUUUACAAAGAUUUGGGAGGAAGGUCAGCAGUUAUGCUCAAGAUCAUGGGCUAACUUGAGCAGUAUUUCCAGGAACCAAAAAUAUGCUGGACAAUAUUGUUUCCAUGUACCUUAUAUGGCAUCUCUCAUUGAGGAUUCUCUUUGUCUUGGUGAUAAAGAGAUAAUAUUUGGCCCAGGGGAUGUUUCUUGGACAUUAGGAGCUGCAUUGGUUGAAGGUGAACAAUUAUUGUUCAGAACUACCAAAACUGAGACUAGUAUUUCUACCUUAAAGAAUAUAGGGAUCAUGUCCUCUCCAGUUUUUCUGUUUGUUUUACUUCUAUGCCUUCUAUUUAUCAUUUAUCGUUGCCAAAUCAAGCUGCCUAUGCCAAGCAGGAAUAGUGCUGCUGCUGGGGUGUCUCUGCCAUCGUAUGUUGCUCAUCCAAAACGCCGACCUAACUAAUAUGUGGAUGCAUGGACAAAGUAUAAUGGAGUCUGGUCAAUGUGUUCAUUGUUUUAUUGUUCUUAUACAACCACAAUUCAUUUAUUCUUUUAGGAUGGAUUUGUCAGAAAAUAUUCUGAUUAUAAAAACCAAUUUUGUUGUGU